UAAAGUCUCUCUCUCUCUCUCUCUCUCUCUCUCUCUUAGAUCUAAAUACCACUUUGUCAGAAAAGUGAAAACCCUACUUAAAUCCGUGUCAUUUCUCUAUCUCUUUCUUCUUAGAUCUGCUUCGCCGGAAUACGAUAGAGAAAGAGAUUAGAUUCCGCUUCCCGUCUCCUUCGCUUUCGGAGAUUUUUUUUUUUUUAAUUUGUAUUGUUGUGUUUGUUUGGAGGGUUAAGUUCUGGGAUUCACGGGUUUGUCUUCGUUGGAUCCUGACCUGGGGAGUGGGGAGUGCUUUCCUAGGGUUUUUCUCACCAGAUCUUCUCUUGUCCGCGCUCUUGCGUUGAGUUUAGAGCAGUAAUGGCGUCUCCUUACCCCGGAGCAGUUCAGGUGGGUUCAUACUUCGUGGGGCAGUACUAUCAGGUGUUGCAGCAGCAACCGGACCUUGUUCACCAGUUCUACUCUGAUGCUAGUAAAGUGGUACGCGUCGAUGGCGACUCCAGCGAGACCGCCUCUACGAUGCUGCAUAUUCACAACAUGGUCGUGUCGCUAAAUUUUACUGCGAUUGAAAUCAAGACGAUCAAUUCUCUGGACUCUUGGGACGGAGGUGUUUUGGUGGUGGUUUCCGGCUCUGUGAAGACCAAGGAAUUCAGCAACAGAAGGCAUUUUGUGCAGACGUUUUUCCUCGCUCCUCAAGAAAAGGGUUAUUUUGUUCUGAACGACAUCUUUCAGUUCGUAGAUGAAGGCACUGUAUUUCAUCAUCAGCAUCCUUAUUUAUCUGAAAGCAAACGAGAGGCUCAGCUGAAUCCUUCGAGUGCAAUUCCAGAACAGCAAGUUCCUGACUACGUCUUGGAGCAAGAGGCAAGGGACUACGUGAACUCAGUCCAUAUCGAAGAUGAUCCAAUUGACAAAUACAGUCUUCCAGAGGAGCCUCAUCAACCGCAUGAAGAAGACAUUGAGAAUGAAGUUGUGGUUGAGGAAACUCCUGUGGAGGAGGAGGUAUCUGCUUCACAUCAAGUUUCGGUUGAGACGGUGCAUGAACCUCCAGCAGCACCAGCAGAAAUACCUGUCGGUGAAAAAUCAAAGAUGACAUAUGCAUCCAUUUUACGAGUUGCAAGGGAGGCAGCUGCAGCGCCAACGGUUCCAACACAACCAUCAUAUGACAAGAGCUCUCAAGCUACAAAUGAGUGGGAACAAUCAUCGAUCCCUCCGGCCCCGCAGGCUACACAACAGACAACUCUGUCUCAUUCUGGUGGUCAGCAAUCAAACACCGCUUUCCCGUAUGUGCCUGACUAUGGAGCCGAGGCUGAAGAUGGCCCGGGAUUUGAAGACUUUGAGUUCAAAUCCGUAUAUGUCAGAAACUUGCCUUCCAACAUAACUACUGCUGAGAUCGAGGAAGAGUUUAAGAACUUUGGUGCUAUCAAACCUGAUGGUGUUUUCAUUCGAAACCGCAAGGAUGUUGUUGGUGUGUGCUAUGCUUUUGUCGAGUUUGAGGAGAUGACAGCUGUCGAGAAUGCUAUCAAAGCCUCACCCAUACUGUUGGCUGGAAGGCAAGUAUACAUUGAGGAACGCAGGCCCAACCCCAGCGGCAUUCGUGGAGGAAGACGAGGACGAGGAAGAAGUGGCUACCCGACCGAGGCCACAAGAGGCCGGUUUGGUUCCCGGGUGGCAGGCAGAGGGAGCAACCAGGGCAGCGGAGAUUACAGACCGAGAGGUAACGGUUAUUACCGUGGUUCGCGGUAAAAUAUCUCGUUGAGGAGACAGAAGAGACAAAGGCCAAUAUCCAACUCAACUGAAUUUCGAUCACUUUUAAGUUAUGUAGCGACCGAGAAUAUGAUUGAGAGAAAUCUUUGAUUGUUUCCCGAACGUAGUUUGUAUUUUCUUGAGGUGGCUUUUUUUUUGGUUAAUAUAUAUAUUUGGGGUCUUAGAUUUUGUAUUGUUUAGAUUUAGGAUUUAGUUCUUCCCGCCUUGAGAUUGGUUUUUGUUGUUCCAAUUCAAGUGGGAGUUUGCGUUUUUUGUUGUGUUUUGGGUUGUUCUUGUUGUGCUACAUAGACUCCAUGGAUAUUGGUUUUCUGACAAAAAAAAAAUAUUUAUUUUGAAUU